CUUUACUGGAGAUAUGUAUUUAAAGACGAAAACAUUUACAUGAUAAUUUCAUUUAUUGUGUGAUUUUGAUCAGAGCGUCACCAUGAUUCUGGUAUACUUGGGCUGCUUCCUGCUAAUUUUGUAUUAUCUGUAUACAAGAAACUACGACUACUGGGAAUCCAGAGGCGUCCCGUUUGAAAAACCGUUCUUCCUUUUUGGAAAUUUCUACAAGAUUUUCUCCGGGAAACAACACAUUUCGCUUCGAAUUCGCGAAAUCUACAACAAUUUCAGUUCACCUUACGUCGGAAUCUACAUUUUUAACCAGCCGAAUCUGAUAAUCAGAAGUCCGGAUGUUUUGAAACGAAUUUUGGUUAAAGACUUCGACAAAUUCGUUAAUAGAAAAGUCGCUUCGAACGAAGCUGUUGACCCUAUCGCGGCUCAUACUCUUUUCACUUCGCAAGACCAAGUAUGGAAAAAUCUUCGGGCGAAAAUUUCGCCGGUUUUCACUUCGGGAAAAAUGAAGCUGAUGUUGCCUUUAAUGAAAGCGUGUGCUUCCGAUUUCGUUAACCACUUGGACAAACACAACGGAGAGGUGAUUGAAGUACGAGAAACAACGAAAAGAUAUGCCGUUGACAUUAUAUCGUCUUGCGCCUUUGGGAUUAAUUCCGAGUGUUUCAACGACGAAAAUUCUGAAAUACUCAAAGAGGCUACAAAAUUGUUGGAUUUCACUUCGUUUGUUAGAAGCUUCUCAAUUUUUAGUUUCUUCUUUGUACCCAAGUUUGUCGACAUCUUUAGACUGACUUUGGUGGAUAAAUCUGCGUCCGACUAUUUGGUUAAUGUCUUCAGAACCACAUUUAAAGAGCGUCAAAAGAGAAAUAUAGUGCGCAACGAUUUAAUCGAUUUGCUUAACAAUUUGAAGCAGAACGAGACUUUCAACGACAGCUACAAGUUCGACGAUGUCAAAAUGGCGUCUCAAGCUAUAUCGUUUUUCACAGCAGGAAACGACACGACGUCUGUGACUGUAGCUUUUAUUUUAUACGAGUUAGCUUUGCAGCCAAAUAUUCAAGAUCGGCUUAGACGGGAAAUCAGAGAAGCUUUCGAAAAAUAUGGGGACUUUACGUAUGAAGCUAUUAAUGAAAUGAAAUAUUUGGACAUGGUGUUCAGUGAAACUCUGCGAAAAUAUCCGCUAGCCACCUUUUUGAAUCGAAAAUCUGCCACUAAGUACACUUUUGAAGAAACUGGGUUCACCGUGGAUGAAGGUGUUGCUAUACUAGUUCCAGUGGCGGCGCUACAUUACGAUCCAAAAUAUUUUCCAAACCCCGAAAAUUUUGAUCCUGAGAGGUUCAGUAACGAAAACAAACACAAAAUAGUGCCAUAUACGUACCUACCUUUUGGGGACGGUCCACGAAAUUGUAUUGGUCAAAGAUUUGGGACUCUUGUGGGAAAAGUAGCUUUAUCAUAUUGUUUGAAAGAUUUUGCUUUCGAAAAAGCAGAAGCUACAUCUGUGCCUUUGGAGUUUGAACCACGUACUCUCUUUAUGGUAAAUAAGAAGGGUCUAUACUUAAGGGCAGUUAAACUCUGAAGAUAUUUUUAUAAAUGUCGAAACUCAGUCUUAUUUUUGGUUAGUUUGUUAUUUUUAUAUUUUUGAAAUGUAACGUUUUUUAAUUUUUAAUAAAAUAAGAUUGAUAUUUGUA